GUCUUGCAAAUUUUCUUACUUGAAAUUAAUCCUCCUAGGUUUGCCAGAGUCCCCGGUCAGAGUACGUGCUGUCUGGAUUGAUUGCCCUGUCCAGUUUUGUUUUUUUGACAGCCCAUCUGCACCUGCCACGAGAUGCCCACGUCGUCGGUGUCGGAAUGUGGUGGUCGUUCCCGCUCCGUUACAUUUCUUCUUCUUCAUCAUUUUCUUCUUAUUCUCCUUCUUUCCCCCUCUCUCCUUUCUUUUUUUCACUUCUGUUGUUUCUUCUCCGGGAAAAUCUUCAUUUCAACUCUUCCCUGUCUAUCGAUUUGCCAAUCCCAAGGCCUGGCUGGCAUGGUCGUAUUUGAUGUGUUUGGAUCACAAUUGUCUGUUAGGGUCCUGGGAGAAAUUCCACCCCCAUCCUGGAAAGCCACACGAUUUGACUGCGCCCAGCUGCGCGUCUCCGCAUCCGGCAGCCUCAGACACCCAGACGACUUGGGUGAGCGAGCGCGGUGUUUUGCUGACAGGAAGGGGGAGGGGCUAGGCAGUGUAACAGCUGUUUCAGUCACCGCUCCCGAUCACCUUGCUUCGUGCGGAUUGUCCCGCCGGCUACGCAUGGAUUCACAAAGUAAUUGCUCGUCAGUGCGCAUCGGAUAUCAGACGAAUGCCUCCAACCGAUCUAGCUAUGGACAACGCCAAUGAAGUCAUAAAAAGACAGAAGCAUUAUACCCGUCGUUGACAUGCUCUUCGCCUCGACCGCCGCACCCCUUAGGCCACAAUCGCUACCAGCUUGGUCGACUAACGAGCUGGCAGUCAGUCAGUCAGCCAGGCAGCCCGACGCUACGGUUUGGAGCAGAACAGACGGAUGGCUUCUACCCGUCGGUCUAACCAUCGUGGCUUACCGCCAGUCUGUGUCCCCCUCCAAUCGAUCGCAGAGUGCUACGGU